AGUACCUAUUCUGUAACGGCUGUCGCAUCCAUCAUUGAUCUUAGCAGCAUCAACGAACAAAACUACUGUAUAAUUCUUGCAUUUACUUUUACAUCCCAACUCAAAUUAUUUUAUUCACAAGCAGUUGCAAUUGCUUCGCGGAUCGAAGCUUUCCUCAACUACAUAUUAACAACUCCCCACUCCCCACUCCUCAUGUCUCAGGACAACAUCCCUAUCGAUGCCUGAUGCAAUGGACCGGGCGAGCUCCGUUUCGCGAGCCUUGUUCCCAAAAGGUCCCAGCUUUACUGUCGAAGACUUCUCUAGUAAGGACUUCAUAGUCCGAGACUUUGUAGACGACCUUGCCGAAAAUGCCGUGUCCUUAAAUCGUCGCUCUGGUGUUGCUCAGCAACCUUUCGAUCCGAAACCCUUGAUUCGAACCUUUGAGAACGCACUACAAGGUCUCGGGAACCUAUCCGAGGAGUUACAAGCCAAGGAGUCAGAUCUUUCGUCACAGGUCCGCCGCGCCGAAAUUCAACAUGAUCAAACCAUCGAUACUCUCGGUCGUAAACUAGACCAAUCCAUUGACCAGUUUGAAGCUUUGGACCUCACCCUAAAUAACCCUAACGGAAAUUCCAACGGUGGCGAGCGAAGCAGUCGUGGCGAGGCGGGUGGCAACAUAGCCGUCCAGAUAGGAGAGAAGCUCGAGGAGUUGGAUAGGAAACGCAGGCGGGCCCUGGAUGCCAACUUUCUCAUACAAUGCUGGCUCCAAGUUAGUGAAACGGGCGAGCUCACAUCCUUGGACGAUAUCCAGCGUCAAGGCGGUGCCGAGAACAAAGUCAGAUGUGCCAGUAUUGCCCACCAAUUGAUGCGCAUCAGUCAAAGAUUGGAUCCCAUUUCUUGGGGACAGUCUAACGGGUAUCACCGCAAUGGUAACACCAACGGUGAUAAGGAGGUUGUUGAGAGAAGAUUCAAUACACGAGAGAUACUGGAAAAGUUCUGUGAGACGCUGGAGAAAGACCUGCUACAGCAAUUCAACAACAGCUACCGCAAGCAGAACUUUGACGACAUGAGAGAAUGUGCCAAGGUUCUAUACGAUUUCAACGGAGGUUCCAGCGUGGUCGCUGUCUUCGUCAACCAACAUCAGUUUUUCAUUGACAGAGACCAGCUCAUCACGGAUGAAGUAACUAUGGAUGGAGAGACCUGGGACCAGCUAGCCGACCCCGACUCUGAGCCACCAGGUGUUGAGCCUAGUCUUCAAUCACUGGUUGACGAGGUCAAGAUUAUCAUGCAGGAAGAGUCUUUCAUCAUCAAGAGGGCUUUCCCGUACUAUGAAACUGUUUUGAUCAAGUUCAUACAGCGGGUAUUCCAACAGUCAAUACAACAACGGUUAGAGGUGGUGCUAGAGAAGGCUAAUACCAUUUCAUCAUUGGCCUUUCUUCGGUCCCUCCACGCUUCAAGAAGUUAUAUUGGUGCGCUUAUCGAAGAUUUGAAGACUCAUGGCCUUACAGAACACCCAGAGCCAUGUUCACCCCAGAUAUCACAGACACUCGACCAGCAGAUGGAGGAACUGUUUAUUCCGUACAUUAUGGGCAAUUCUUAUAUUGAACGUGAGAAGAGGAGCUUAGAAGAGUUGUUUAACUCGCUACUCUUCAAAUACAACAUCUAUCAUUCCAGAAGGAAAAAGGCACCGACCGGAUUCAUGGCUUCGUUAGCCCAACAGACCAACCAGCUCAUGGCAUCGGCUAAGGACGCGUAUCUAGAGCGGCUUGAGUCAGCCGAUCUUACAGAAACGCAGAAAGCCAUGAUGUUGAGAGUUGCCGGUGUCCAGGAAACGGACAAAAACAAGAAUGAGAUCGAGGUUUCAGAAUUAGAAGGUGUUUUGAGUACAGCUACUGCUAAAAGAAUGCUGACCUGGCUUGCCGAGAGCGUUCGGCGAACGCUAGAACUGGGAAGCCAGAGCGAAACCCCCAAGGAUGUCGCUGUACUUCUCAAUCUUUUAUUAACGAACAUGGGCCAAGUCUAUGUCGAGACCGCAUUGGAGGCUGCGCUGGAGAAGGCUACAUCUCAAGAAAAUGCGAAGACAGAACCAGAUCUCAACUAUCUGCCUUCGGUUCGACCAGCUGUAACAAUUGGUAGCAUGAUGAACCGCUUCAUAACCACUGUGCUGAUUCGCCUUGCCGAAUCCAAUACCACAGUGAGGAGGAGUAUGGAGGCGCAGUCCAAGAUGGGAAUCGAGAGUAUCGAGAGAAAAGCUGGUAGCAUCAUGAAGAGCACGGUGGAUGUUAUCGUCAACUGGGUUGCCAAGUCACUAGCCAAUCAGAAGAAACUCGAUUUCCUGCCAAAGGAUGAAUUUUCUAUUAUCGAGUCCCUACAGACAGCAACCUGUACUUCGAUCUGCCUAUUUCUGUCCAAAGGUACGAAACUCAUCAGCCAAGCAGUGGACGGCACGAACCUGGAGGUGUUCAGUAGCGAGCUAGCGCUCGAAAUUCAACGGUUGUUGUUUGAACACUUUAAGAAGUUCAAGGUCAACGCUACAGGUGGCCUCAUGGUGACGAAGGAUAUCGCCAAGUAUGUAGCAACUCUUAAAGAGUGGCCCCUAUCUAAGGACGUUGAAGCCGCCGUCGAGCUACUCACCGAGAUUGGUUACUUGUUCAUCAUCGGUCCCGAGGCGCUCCGUGAGCGUUCUCGUAACCUGGCUACAGGUGGCGGCUCCUCUACCAAGAAGCUUCUCAAGGCCGACUUCAAGGCCUUCAUCCAGAGCAGGGACGAUGCGAAGAGCCUAGGCGUCCAGAGCGUGCUCUCAGGGUUGUAGGAGAUAAAGGCUCAAGGAACAGAUCCUAUCGGCGGUGAUAGAAACAGGAAUGGGAUUUCGGCGGAGGGUAACAACGGUAUAUUGUUCGCGCAUCUAGGACAAUUGGAUCGCCCGCAUUAUUUUGUACAUUUAUGAAUUACAUGAGAUACCAUCACGAGAACGAGUGCCCUUCCCCACGUAACCUUGGUCGUCCAUUGUCGAUCAUUCCGUCUCAUAGGUAUACUCGAAUACGCCACGCGGUCAAUAUAAGUCAAGGUAGAAACCAGAGAGGUUUAAAUAUGCAUAUACUACAGUAGGGAAGAAUUGCCAACAGGUAGACUAAACAGCGGGAAGCUCUUCAUAUCUAUCCCCCUAUUUUUUGUAAGGCAGGUGGCAGGUAUUCAACACCUACGAAGAUAGAAAAGCAUGAAGGAUUGGAUGGAGAUUGGAGAUGGUAGAUGGUAGAUGAUAUGGGAGUUUACAUAACCUGGGUAGGUAGAAUGACAUGAUGGAUCAGGUGGAUGGAUGGAUGGAUGGAUGGCUUUUUGAUAUAUGAACAAACAAAUCAAAUCGUUACGUAAAAUACGCCAACCC